AUGGUUAGAACCAGAGGAUUGCGUUGGGCUUUAGGUCGAGUUUUAGGAAGAGCCUUAGGUAGACAAAUUGUUGAUGAUGAGAAAAAAGCCCCUCAGCGUCAGAGGCCGACAACAUCAACAUGUAGACAACAGGCAACUGUGGCUGUUGUGGAGUAUGUUGAGCAUGUGGAUCAUGUUGCUGGCGACGUUCAUGAGGAGCUUCAGGAACCAGUUACGGAUCAUGUAGGUGCUAAUACAGAGGAUUUUCCAGGCGGGUCCCAUGAUACAUCAGUGUUGGCGUUAUAUGCUAAUCAUGUGGCAGCCAGAGUUUGGGCAAGAGAGAAACGCACUGAGUUGAAGUUGGCCUCUCAUAAGAGGAAGGUAGAGAAAUUCGGAACGCCUACACCUAAGAUUAAAGGCAUAGUGGCUGCUAUAGGAUUAAGUUCUCUGAUUACAUGUUCAUUGGAGAAAGGUGAUAGGGGAAUUUUAUCUGCUUUUGCAGAGAGGUGA